GGGAGGUGCGGGGGUCGGGGAGCCGGGGCCCGGUCCGGGAAACGGUCCGGGAGGAGGGGGAGGAAGGGGAGUAACAGAGACAGCUUCAUUAGCUGAAGUGGCCGAGAUGACUUCAUUUUCCUCCUCGUCACACCUGUCGCUGGCCGCGCUCGUGGGGGAGACGGUGAUGACGCCCUCGGGUCAGGCCAACGUCAUCUACCUGGCUGUGAAUGAGAGCAGUCCCGGGACCCUGCUGCUGCAGCUGUGUGAGCUGCUGGCCACAACACCACUGCAGGGUUUAGUGUUUGAGGAAGAGAGACCGCCACCGCCGAACCGCGCCCCUCUGGCCCCGAUGCUGGAGUUCGUUUCUGCCCAGACAGGGGUUCCCGUUGUUGCCGUUGGGGGAGGAGCCAGUCUGGGAAGAGAGCCACAGGAGAGCGGUUCCAUCUACCUCCAGUUCACCUGCUCCACAUUGCUCCAGCUUGAGGUUAUCUUCGAGGUGCUUGAAGAGUAUGACUGGACCUCCUUCUCUGUAGUGACCACUCGUCACCAUGGCUAUGAGGACUUCCUGGCCAUGGUGGAGGGUAUGACCGAUGGCUCUUUCAUUGGUUGGGAAAGGAAGAGUGUGGUGAUUCUUAAUGUAACGGACGACCCCGGUGGGGCACGGACGAAACGACUGCUCAAGGACAAUGAAGCCCAGGUCCGCCUUCUGUACUGCUCCCUGGAAGAGGCUGAGCUCAUUUUCCGGGCAGCUUGGGCAGCGGGUCAGGCCGGGCCCAGCCAUAUGUGGUUUGCUGUGGGACCAGCCCUAUCCGGGUUGGGUCUGGAGGGGCUUCCAAAGGCUUUGUUUGCCAUCCGGCCACAGGGGUGGAGGGAUGAGCCACGCAGGCGUAUUGCCAAAGGUGUUUCUGUCCUCACCCAUGGGGCAAUGGCUCUGCGGAGGGACCAGGGAGCCACCAGCCGAGCGCAGUACGCUGGCAACUGUCAGAGCGACGGCAACCAGACCCAUCGAGUGCCAGACAGAAUCAAGUACUUCACCAAUAUAUCCAUAGGUGGACGGGACUACUCUUUCAACAGUGAUGGCUACUUAUCCAAACCGCUGCUUGAUGUUAUCUCCUAUUCCAACGGGAGAGGCUGGGAGGAGGUUGGCUGGUGGGAGAAUGGACACCUGCGACUACGGUAUCACCCCUGGUCUCGCUAUGGCUCUUUCUUGAAGCCCCUGGAUGACUCCCAACAUCUUCGAGUGGUCACAUUGGAGGAGAGGCCCUUUGUCAUAGUGGAACCUGCUGACCCAGGCACUGGCUCCUGCAUCCGGGACUCUGUACCCUGCCGCAUGCCCGUUAACUCCAGUUUGGUGGUGGAUGGUGUUAGACCCAUGAAGCACUGCUGUAAAGGGUUCUGCAUCGAUGUACUAAAGCGCCUCGCCAAGAUUGUAGGCUUCACCUAUGACCUUUACCUGGUGACAAAUGGGAGGCAUGGGAAAAACAUUGACGGGGAGUGGAACGGCAUGGUAGGAGAGGUGGUGUCCAACAGGGCAGACAUGGCCAUCGGCUCACUCACCAUUAAUGAAGAGAGGUCAGAGGUUGUUGAGUUUUCGGUUCCAUUUGUGGAGACUGGCAUCAGUGUCAUGGUUUCGCGCAGUAACGGCACAGUAUCACCUUCUGCUUUCCUUGAGCCCUACAGCCCAGCGGUGUGGGUGAUGAUGUUUGUGAUGUGCCUGUCGGUCGUGGCUGUCACCGUCUUCAUCUUUGAGUUCUUCAGCCCCGUGGGAUACAACCGCAGCCUGCAGAGUGCUAAGAAGUCAGGGGGAUCUAAGUUCACCAUAGGGAAAUCUGUCUGGCUGCUCUGGGCUCUGGUCUUCAAUAACUCUGUGCCUGUGGAGAAUCCCAGAGGAACCACCAGCAAGAUCAUGGUGCUGGUGUGGGCCUUUUUCGCUGUCAUCUUCCUGGCCUCCUACACUGCCAACCUGGCUGCCUUCAUGAUCCAGGAGGAGUACAUUGACACGGUGUCAGGGCUGUCAGAUAAGAAGUUUCAGCAGCCAGCAGACCAGUACCCACCACUGCGUUUCGGCACGGUGCCAAAUGGCAGCACUGAGGAGAACAUCCGCUCCAACUAUCCCAACAUGCACCAGUAUAUGAUUCGCAACAACCAGAAGGGUGUAGAGGAAGCCAUUGACAACCUCAAGACUGGAAAACUAGAUGCCUUCAUUUAUGAUGCUGCAGUGUUGAACUACAUGGCCAGGAAGGACGAGGGCUGCAAGGUUAUGACCAUCGGCUCUGGUAAGGUGUUUGCCACUACGGGUUACGGUAUUGCACUGCACAAGAAUUCCCGCUGGAAACGCCCACUGGACCUGGCUCUGCUGCAGUUAGUUGGAGAUGAUGAGAUUGAUAUGUUGGAGCGUCUCUGGUUGUCGGGCAUCUGCCACAAUGAUAAGAUUGAGGUGAUGAGCAGUAAACUGGACAUUGACAACAUGGCGGGGGUCUUUUAUAUGCUGCUGGUGGCAAUGGGCCUCAGCCUCUUGGUGUUUGCCUGGGAGCAUCUGGUGUAUUGGAAACUACGGCACUGUGUUAAGCGAUCGGGCGGGAUGGACUUUCUCCUGGCUCUCAGCAGGGGGAUGUACAGUUGCUGCCAGUUUGAGGAUGAGACAACACCGGGAGGGAGCAAAAGCUCUUUGCCCCAGUACCACACCAUGACCAACAUGCCUAGUGCACCCCAACAACACCUUGUUACAGCCACAGUAAACAACACAACUGCCAUUGCCAUGGUGCAGCAGCAACAACCGCAGAAGCACCACCAACAGCAACCAGGGCAGACCUAUACCACUAUGUUGCCUGGGUCUCCGCCAACUGCUGGACACUCAGCAAUGGCUCUUGGUCCCUCAACUAGUCCCUUACUAGAGGGCCCCAUGCCUUGCUCCACUUUCUUGCCUCGACAUGACCGCAGACUGGCUGUGGUUGAUCGCUGGAACAGGCCAAAGCCAGAAAAGGUUGUGAGCACAGGCAGUUCUGGAGGCGUUGGUGUUGGAGGGAUAGCUGGUGGGAUCACUGAACUACAGGCCCAGCAGCAGUAUCAACAAAACCUUGGGCAGCACUGGAGCCUGCAAGGAGGAGUUGCAGGUGGAGCAGUGGGAGUAGGUGACACAGGGCUAGAUGAAUAUAAGCGCUACUAUGGUCCUAUUGAUCCAGAGGGGCUAGGAUCUAACUCGGACCAACAGGCAGGGGGCCCCCAGCAGACUCCCAAAGCCAAUUCUCGAGGCCCCAAGGCCUCAGGUAUGCCAAGGCUACCUCCUAAAGGCUCCCAACAAGGCCCGGGGCACCUAAUCUCCAAGCCUCCUCCACCAAUCCCAUCUUCUCCACGAAGGCCUCCCUUCUGGCGACGAGGCAGCUUAGCUCAGACAAGAAGAAAAGGCUCAGGAGGUCCCCUGUAUGAGAACAUCCUCCCUCUGGGGAGGCGAGGAGGUGGGCGAUAUGGAGCAAGUGAUGGAGGUGGAAGAAGAGGACGUCGUCCCCCUCCACCUCCACCUCUUCCUGCCCCUCUUUCUUCUCCAACACACACCCCUACCACUCCCUCGUCCCCAUGCCAUUUCUACUCGUCUUGUUCCAGUGCCUCGUCUUCUUCCUCUUCUUCCACAUCAUCCUCAUCCUCUUCUUCAUCCUCAGUGUCACUUUCUCGUUCAAACUCACCUUCUUCUUGCUCAAGUGACAGCUCCUACAACUCCUCGCUUAGUUUUCGGUAUCGAGCAGGUGAUCGGGAUUUUAUCGUAGAUGAUGAAUAUGACUCAGAUCUCCUUACAGAGGAGUCCAGCCUCCUUCUUGGGAGGAAGAAAAUUCGAUCACGCCGAAUGUCAUCGCGCUCACUGCCGUGCAGCCCGCCACCUCCACCAGUACCACCACGCAAACCACGGCCCCAAAGAGAUUAUGGUAGAGAGAGGACUGGCAGCCAACUGGCCCAGUUACAGGAGUGGUGGGCAUCAUGGGGUGACAGAGACCGAGGGAGAAGUGGAGCAACAAGCCGAGGAGAAGGAGGAGUGGGUAGAGAGGAGAAGAGACACCACAAAGAGAGGGAGCGUGAAAAAAAGAGAAGGAAGAAAGGUCGAAAGAAAAAGAAGAGGGAGGAGAGAGAGAGAGAAAGGGAGCGAAAGCGGCGCAAAGCAAAGAAAAAGAGGAAGAAAGAUGAUAAGAUGAGGAAGAGAGACCGGAAAAGGUCAGAGCAGGAAGGAGGGGAUCCUGAAAAAAGAGAGGAACUCAAAUCAGGAACACCAGACUUCCCAUCUUACCCAGCACUGAGGCGAGAGUCCUUUCGGAAAAAAAGUGAGAGCUCAGUGAGAAGUUACGGAUGGAACAUCCCAGGUGAAGAUGAGCGAAAAGAAAGAGAAGAGAAAACCAGGGAUGAUGGGGAAGACAGCAGAGGAAAGGAAAGACACCACCGGCGAAGAAACAGCAAGCACUAUCACAGCUCGAGCAGCAAGCCUUCUACAUCAGUCAAGUUCUGGGGAGGGGGCAACCCAUCCUCUGAUGCCAUUCCAUCUGCCUUCCUGCCCUUGUUGCCUGCCUCUUCUAAAAGGAGGAAGAGUAAAAGUUCAGACAGGGAUGCUCUAGGAGUAGAAGGAGAGAGGAGGCCAUUGUUGGGACGGAAUGAAAGAGUGGAGGUGCACUCCAAGGAGGGGCUGUCCUUCCAUGAGUGGGAAUCUGAAGUGGAUGAUGAAGAAGAAGAUUCGGAGCGUGACAGGAGGAAAACAGAGCAUGUGAAGAGGCGUGGAGGAGGAAGGACAAUGUCUGAUGAUGAGCGUGAACGUGAUAAGGUAGUCGGGAUAUAUUCUGAUGAUGACGGUUCUUCAGGGGAGUUUGGGAAAUUUGAGAGAUACUGGGAAGAUCACGAAGGUAGAGCAGUGGGAGGGAUUGGAGGGGGAGGUUGGUUUUUCAGUACCUAUCCUUCCCGGGAAAAAGCUGGCAGCAUCAACAGCAGAGAUGACCUGUUCCUGGAGCGAGGAGAGAGGUGGGGAACAGCGGAGAGUGGCUGGGGAUCAGGGGGAGGUGGAGGUGGGGGAGGAGAGCGAGGGUGGGGAUCAGGUUCGCACUGGCCCCCACCUCCUCUCACGCCACCUCCUCCUCGACGAUACUGGUCAGUGGACAAGCUCCACAUACAGGAUGAGAAGAGGAGUAAGCGCAAAUCAAAGGAUAAGGGAAGAGGGCACGCUGCUUGUUCCUCCUGUCACUCCCCGAAACACCACCCACACUCCCAUUCCUCCAAAUGGGCUCGCGUAACUUCACGAAGCCAGGAAGAGCUUUACCACCACUGCCAGAGCUUUAGUGGUCCCAUGAAGUCGAAACAUGACUCUUCAUCUUCGUCCAAACCCGAUCGGUCACAGAAUCCAUCAAAAUCUGGCAGCCAGUCAAACCUCAGUAUCCAGCAGCGCACACAGAGAACAGACAGGGAUCGAGAUCGAGGAAGACAGGCUUCCCCUCCUCCAACACUUAUCCCUAACAUGCCACCUCCGCUCCCUGCCCUUCCAGCUCCACCCUCCUCAUCUCUUUCUAUACAUGUUCCUCCACCUACUCCUUCCUCUUCUGUAUCUUCUCCUUCUGUGGUCUCAUCAACACCAGGGGCACCCCAAGCCUCGUCCAUGGCUUCGGCAAGUGCCAAACUGCAGUACCAGAGAUUGCGCUCUGUACCCCAGCCCCAGAGAUUUCCUCAGUCCCCUCAUUUACCCCUCAAAACCAAGAGCCUUUGCUCCCGAAGGGGCUCUGCCCAUUUCUCCAGUGUGGAGAGUGAGGUCUGAAGUUCAACAAGGUAUCAAAAGUCAUAAGAGAGAGCCCUUCGAGGCUAAAGCAGUUGAACUGGAUUUGAAUCUGCCCAGCAGCAAACAUGCUGCCAAGCCAAGUCAGUACAGCAUACGCACUGAGCCCUUUCCUAAAGUUCUGCACAAAUAAACAAACCAGAAAGCCAAACAAACCCAAUGGGGUAGGUCAAAGGAAAACAUGAGCAAUCUCUUGUUACUUCCUUUUAUUCCUCUCAGUAUGUGAAAGACUACAACCACAGUAACAACUUGCAUUCUGAAGUAAGUUAACCAAGACACUGAAAGCAAAUCAAACAUCAAAAGUGGUACAAACGAAGGAGAAUCCUUUGCUCUAGAAAGUAAAGGGCUUUGGAUGUUGAAGCAGAGCAGUAGUUUGUAUUCAUAGGAUUCUUAAUGCUUACUGAGGGCUCAGGAACUUUGUAGUACUGUAUACCUGCUGCUCUCAGAAGCCUUUAAAACAGAACACUUUCUUGCUUUUUGUUUUUGUGUUGUUUUUUUUCUUACACAAAUCGCUUAUCCCUUAUUUCCCUAUUUUUCGUUGUCCUUAACAAACUGUUUACACCCCCGCAGAACUGUGACGCCCGUUUGAGGCACCUUUGUUGUGUAUGAUCAAUACCUUCUUGCUUAGAAGAAGAGGAGGGUGGUAACCACCUUGUCUUUUCCGGUGUCCGCUGUUUUUCUUUAGUUUACACCACUGCCCCCUUUCCCCAACGUAUUCUAUCCCCUUUAUUUUUAUUGUUUUGUUCUAUUCUUUCAAUGUGUUUUCCAAUUCCUUUCCCGCCUUAUUCACAUGUCUACCUUGUCAUCUCUCCUGUCAUCUCCUCUCCCGUCCUCCCCUCUUGGCUCGUCUCCUUGAUGUGAUUAUUCUGUGUGUCUGUGCUUUUCUGUGUUUGUAUUUUUGACAACAGGGUAAGUCAACUGUGACUGAUAUUCUACUGGCUUAAUGAAAAGCUGAGUGCCAAACUUAAGUAGAGCUCAACAUCAAUCUGUACAACGUUAGCAGCUGUGUUUCCUUUUAUCUUGCGGAGUAUUCCAUCAUCUCCAAAAUAUGCACACAUGCUAACACUCACACACACACACAUACACGGACGCACACACACUCACAUAAAGCUACAUCCAAUGACAUGUGCAGCCUAAAAAGUCACUUCAUCCAAUCCUGGUUUUGAGCAAUAUCUUGUUCACCCUCUGUUCAUGUCACAGCUUUAUUCUUUAAAAAACCUUUACUUCUGUGUUGUAGUUGUUGUUGUUAUUGAUGGUGUUCUAUAUAUCAAGACACGUAUUAAAUCAAAUACAAUGUAAGCACUGUGCCAUACUACUCAAGCUUGGGUGCAAAUGAAACAUUCUCUCAACUACCUAACUGCGACAAUGGAGUGUCUGUUUCCUCCCUGUAUUCGACUGAAUGUAAAGUCAGCCUCUAAACAAGUGUGCUGCAACAACAAUUAAGACACUUUAAGAAGGAAAUUGUAGCAUCUCUGACAGUUUAGUGACAGAGCUCAGUUCCUGCUGACAUGACAUAACGCUGUACUAACCUGGUAAGGUAAGCUACUGAAAAAGCGAAGCUGCAAUGGGUUAUGGGUUAGAAAUUACUUGAUUUUUGUUUGCUUGUGUUAAACUUAGCAAUCCAGGUUUUGCGUGGCAUGAUGGAUCAGUCUAAUACUUUACAUGGGGCUACACGGAUUGUUAGGCAAAGAUGCAGGGAAAUAAAUACUUAUAGCCUUAUGCUAAUUGCUCCUGCCAUAUGUUUUGUGUAAAUUAUGAAGUUUUAGUCAACAUGUGUGGACAGGACGGUCAGGCAAGGAUUCUAUUGGAGCAAAAUUAGACCUUGUACGAGUGCCGUUUUGAUGUCAAAGAGAUUAUGGCUGUGUUGUUAUGAUAGCAGGGUUUGAGAAAGUGUUGGGUUUGAGUGUAUAGAAGACACAGUAGAACCUCCUGUGAUAUUGUUUUUUUUUUUGUUUGUUUUUAAGUAUUUCUCACCUUGUAAAUGUGUAACCAAGAGCUAUAGCUUUUUAAUCCAUUACCGAGCUGACACCAGCAGUUACACUCCGAUGUCAAGCACUUAGCAAGAGUAGUCUGUUAGAACCAUCAACAUUAGAAUUCAGCAUCAGGACACUGGACAUCAGCGGAGUACAAUUAAAUAGGCAAGACCCGCCGGCACAAUGCUGUUUGUGUUUUCAUUUGGUCAAGGUGACUGAGCCAGCUUUCCCAUUCGUCUGGUCAGCUCAUGUCGUUUGCCUCUAACUGCAUCUGAGCCAUAAUUUACUUCAGCUGAAGAAAACAAAAAAAGAACUUGUGUUUUUAACAUGAACUUGCUGUGUAGAGUUUGUCUGACUUUCUUUUAACUAAAAAUCUAGAUAUAUAUAUUAUAUAUAUAUAUAUAUAUUUGUGGCGGUGGGUAGCGUUAGAUAAAAUUGUUGUUUAGCAUCUUAAUAUUUGGGGAUAUUGUUUCUCAUUUCCACUUCAUUAUAAUAAAAAAAAGUAUAUAAUUACUUUGUGUUAAUAAUCUUCACAGACCACAGGGAAGUUCCUUACACCAGAUUAUAGAUUUCCAUUCUUCAAACGUGAGACUGUAUUACAUCAAGUUAUAGAGUUCAGUACUUAUUACAAUCAGCAGCAACAACAUAACUGAAGUGAAAGCUGGAAAAGCAUGAAGUGUAAUAUGUUUCUGUGCAUUCACAUCGCAAGCAAUUCAUGUUUGUUGCCAAAAAUCACACUCAAUACUUUAAUCUUGUUUGGCGAGCACGCUUUCACUCCCAGCUCGUUUGAUCAGAACUCUUUGAAUGCAUCAUACUUGAAUGCCCUGGCUAUCCUUUAGCACAGGGGUGUCCAACUCCAUUCCUGUCCUGCAGCUUUUAGACGCACCCUUGUUCCGACACACCUGAAUC